GUCUGUUUGAGCGAGUGUUUGAGCUCACCUCCACCACCUUUGUUUCCUCGCCACUUUCUUGGUGCUACCUCACUUCCCACGCCUUCAAGCCGUCAAGUGUUCCAUCGCCGUCGCGCAAGAGAUACACAGCAGAACAUAGACGACACCCACACCCCUGCACAAGUGCACAGGCAUGGCUGACGUCGACAGUGAGCAACACCGCCUGACAGACGGCGUGUCUGUGGAGGCGAUCAAGACCUUCCUCGCAGACCUGGAGAGCGAGUUCCCCGACACGUACACCGAGAUGACGACGGAGGAUGCCUGCAAACAACUCGUGGUGCCACGCACAAGACAGGACAACUGCGCCUACGUCGAUCUCUUGCGCAAGCAGCUGAAGCAGUCACCACACGAACAUGUGGGCAAGGCCAGUGUGUUUGUGUCGCACGCGUGGCGGUACAAGAUCGCAGACGUGCUCAACGUGCUGCUGGAGUUUGCAGAGGAGCAAAGAGCAAGGAAGGAAGACAGCCAGCCAGUGUUCUUCUGGUUUGACCUCUUCAUGAACAACCAAAACGCCAACGUCACAGCCAGCCUUCCACCAGAGUGGUGGAGCACGACGUUCAAGGAGUCGAUUGCCAACAUUGGACGCGUGCUGCUGGUGUUGAUGCCGUGGCGUGACCCCGUGCCACUGACGCGUGCGUGGUGCCUGUGGGAGAUCUUCUGCGGCAUCAUCAACGAGGGCACAGAGGUCAACAUCCGUCUGCCCAAGAGCGAAGCCCGGGCGCUUGAAGACGCCAUCCAUGACAACUGGGAGGCCGUGACCGAUACCUUGGUGCGCGUGCAAGCACAGCGCGCCGAGGCCUUCAACCCGCGCGACAAGGACAUGAUCUUCGAGGCGAUCGAGUCGUGGGCGGGCGGAUUUAGCGCAGUCAACCAAGCCGUGAAGGACCAGCUGCGCGCGUGGUGCCUGCAAAAGGCUGUGGCUGCCGUCGAAGCGAUGCGAUCGCGCGGCGAGGAUGAGACAGAGGCGUUUGCACACUUGUGCAACCGAGUUGGCCUCGUGCUUGAUGACUUUGGCGACCACGAUCAGGCCAUUGCAUACUACGAGGCAGCAUUGGCGCUCCAUGCUGAGGCGAGGAAUGAGGGCAAGGUGGCUGCGCUGCACGGCAACAUCGGCAUCGCUUUUGCCAAGCGGGGCGAAUGCGACAAGGCGAUUGAACACUUCGAGAAGAGCAUCACCAUCAAAGCGCAGACGCUCGGCCACAAACACCCCAGCACAGCACAGACCUACGGCAACCUCGGCAACGCCUACGCCAACAAGCGCGAAUACGACCGAGCAAUUGAGUUCUACGAGAAGGCUCUCGCCAUCAAGGUUGAGACGCUGGGCGAGAAGCACCCAGGCACCGCCAGCACCUACAAUAACCUCGCCAUCGCGUAUGCGGAAAAGGGAAAGCACGACGAGGCGAUUGCAUGCUACGAGAGGGCCCUCACUGCCACAGUGGAGAUGCUGGGGGAGAAGCACCCCAGCGCAGCUGACACGUACAACAACCUCGGAGUAGCGUACCGCAGCCAGGGCGAAUACAAGCGGGCGAUUGGCUACUGUGAAAAGGCGCUCGCCAUCAGGGCGGAAACGCUGGGUGAAAGGCACCCAAGCACGGCCGAUACCUACACCAACCUUGGCACCGUGUACGCUGAAAUAGGCGAGCAUGACAAGGCCAUUGGCUGCUUUGAGAAGGCGCUCGCCAUCAGAGUGGCGACGCUGGGCGACAAGCACCCGAGCACAGCCGACACCUACAACGUCUUGGGCAACGCAUACGCUGACAAGGGCGAGUACGCCAAAGCCAUCGCGUCCCACGAGAAGGCGAAGGAUGCCUUUGGGGCCUUGCUGGGUGAAACCCAUCCAAACACCGCAAUGGCACUUGCCAACAUCGCCCUCGUGCAUGAUGACUGUGGCAACAAGGAGCAGGCUUGCACGUCCAUGGAACAGGCGCUGGAGGUCUUCUCAGCCACACUCGGACCACGUCACCCGUUCACCCAAAGAGCAGAGCGCAACCUGCAGCGCAUUCGCGGCGACGGUGCACGAAACACAAGCCAACCUGGCCUGUCACAGCAACAGCGCGCAGCACACGCCAGCGCACCCUUUGCCGGCUGGUUGCAGAAGCGAGGGCUGUGGAACACCGCCUUUCGCCCUCGCUGGUGCUCGCUUGACGGUGGCCACCUGGUGUACAGCAAAGGACCUCAGCUCGCAGAGCGUGGACGCAUUCCUCUUGCAACCGUGUUGUCCGCUGAGCUUGCGCAGGACGGCCAGGAGCUGCACGUUGCCGUUCCCGGGCGAACCUUCGUCUUCCGCCUGGACGAGCGGUCAGGGAGGGAGACCAUGCUUGCCGAAUGGUGCAGUGCCAUCAGGACGAGAGCCAGUGAGCGUUGUGAGUGAGAAAGUGAUUGUGUGUGUGUGUGUGGGGGGGGGUGGAUUGAGGUGUGUGUGUGUGUGUGUG